UAUUCAGCGAACAGCAGCCCUUCUCUGAAGGGUGGAGCAGAUCAUUCAAAUGCUAUCCAAACUGCAUUGGCAGAAAAGGUCGAAUCGCAAAUCCCAGCAGUCCUUCGAAGGUCACAGCCUGUCGCCGCAGGCUUCGCCCGUUUUGAGCUAACCCUUCACCAUGUCUACANGAAUCACAGUCUGAAGGAGCAUCUGCGAACCCACCUUCUCGUCGACCAGGGUUUCUAUCAAGAGUACGCAGCCAACGCUUCUCUACAAUCAACGGGCCACCUGAAUCGCCAUAUCAGGAAACGUCAAGCAACCCAGUACCCAAGCGACACUCAUAUUACCAGCCUGCCCAGCCAUUGUACGACACGACCGAGGCUCAAAUUCCGGUAUGAAAGCAUCUUGCAGGCCAUCAGGUGA